AUGCCAUUCAUCACAGGAAUUACAUCACACGAGGCUCUUCUGUUAUACAAGUUUUAUAUGUACGAUUCCCAAUGUUUAGAGACUAUGAACAAUCCGACGAUUUUUUCAAGUCUUGGAGACUUUACGUGUCUUUUGCCACAAGAACUUAACUUGAAUGUUCAAGAGGCAUUAACUAAGGAAUUAGCCAACGAUAUUAAAAACAUUAUUUCACUUCUCUCUGAUAAAUUAUUUGUGCAUGCUGCUAUAAGGACAGCACGAUCUCAUGACGGGCCUGUGUAUCUGUAUAGAUUUGCUGUUGACGCCAAAAAUAAUGUUUUUAAGGCUGUUAUGUGCGGAAAUGUUCCAGGUACAUGCCAUGCGGACGAUGUACAAUAUUUGUUUAAACCAAAGCAUGCUAAAUGUUAUGAAAGUGGUACAGUCGAACGGAAUACUUCUGAAUUUCUUGCUUCUGCUUGGACAACUUUUGCAUUAUUGGGUCGACCAUAUGACUCAGAAUUGCAAACUGCACAUUGGCCUCUGUACAGUGAAAACGAAGCAUAUGUAGAUAUUACAAAUAAUUCACAAUCAAAAUCGAACUAG